AUGAGACUGCCCGGCAAAGUCCGGACGUCUGAGGAAUUCUGGGACCUUCUCAUGAGCCAGCGCGACUGUUCGUCCGAAGUGCCCAGUUCGCGGUACAAUAUUGACGCCUUUUACCACCCUUCUAAACCCCAGUCAGUGCGCACUCGACGUGGAUACUUCCUCGAUGAUGAGUAUAUGCAGGGCUCCGACAGGACCUUUUUCCCGCCCAUGCCAGGGUCCGCAGACGGCGACCUGGAUCCUCAACAGAUGCAGCUGCUGGAGGUUGCCUGGGAAUGUAUGGAGAAUGCUGGACAAACCAAGUGGCAAGGAAAGAAAAUCGGGUGCUAUGUUGGUGUUUUUGGUGAAGAUUGGCAUGAGCUGACAGCGAAGGAGCCUCAACACGUUUCGCGGGUGCAUGCAUUUGCAAAUGGGGGGUAUACACUGUCAAAUCGAGUCUCCUACGAAUUUGACCUGAAGGGACCUAGCGUAACCAUUCAAACAGCAUGUUCCUCGUCCUUGACGGCUCUGCAUGAAGCCUGCCAGGCCUUGUACACCGGGAGCUGCGAGUCAGCGAUUGUAGCAGGCACCAAUAUGCUGUUAACACCUUCCAUGAGUGUGACAAUGUCUGAGAAUAUGGUUCUAUCUCCAGAUGGGUACUGCAAAGCCUUUGAUUCGAGUGCAGACGGCUAUGGGCGUGGAGAGGCUGUAAAUGCUAUCCUGAUCAAGCCGCUCGAAUUGGCAUUGGCAGAAGGCGAUACUGUCCAUGCGAUUAUUCGUGGUACAUCUGUCAACUAUGACGGCAAGUCUGUCAGGAUCUUUGCACCAGAUAUUGACAGCCAAGAGCGACUGAUACGCAAUGCAUAUUCAAGGGCGGGGAUUCAUGAUAUCUCUCAGACUGCCUUUGUGGAAUGCCAUGGGACUGGAACUAAAGUUGGCGAUCAAGUGGAGACAACAGCCAUCGCUCGGGCCUUUGGUGGGAAGGGUGUGCAUAUUGGUUCUGUAAAGUCGAAUGUUGGCCAUGGUGAAGGGGCGUCGGGGUUAACAGCAAUAAUCAAAGCUGUGUUGGCCCUGAAGCAUCGCAUAAUCCCACCGAACAUGCAUUUCAAGAACCCUAAUAAGGCUAUUCCGUUCGAGAAAGGUGGCCUUUGCGUCCCUACGAAGCCCACUUCCUGGCCUGCUGGCCGCAGUGAACGAGUGAGCGUUAAUGGAUUCGGAAUUGGAGGAAGCAAUGCCCAUAUCAUCCUUGAUGCACACCCAGAACCCCAGAAACUGUGCCGAACAGAGGUCAACGUUCCUCGCAGCUGUCGCAUCAUUGUUGUGUCCGCCCAGGGCCCAGCGGCGCUGAAGUCACGCCUGGCUCAGAUUGAGGCUUAUCUCGUGGCUAGGCCCCAUGUUGUCCAUGACCUGGCUUACACACUUGCAACUCGACGUGACCAUUUGUCACACCGCGGUUACUUUCUCUGCGACACCAAAGGGGAUGCAUCCGGACCCUACCUCGGGGGCUCGGCCGCCAACACAGAGCCCUCGGUGGUAUUUACAUUCACUGGACAGGGGGCGCAGUGGGCAGGUAUGGGAAGAGAGUUGAUGGACAAUUUUGCAACCUUUCAGCAUGCUAUCCAUGUAAUGGACGAAGUCUUGCAAGGGCUCGAAACUCCACCAGCGUGGAGCAUUCAAGCGGAGCUUUCGAAAUCUGAGAGUACUUCCCUUGUCAACAGGACGGAAUACUCCCAAACCCUAUGCGCGGCGCUUCAGAUCGCUCUAGUGGAUCUGCUGGCCAGCUGGAAUAUCAAUCCCGCUGCCGUAAUCGGUUAUUCCAGUGGUGAGGUCGUGGCUGCUUACGCGGCGAAGGCAAUUUCGAUGGAGACCGCCAUCACCAUCGCAUAUUUGCGCGGAUGCUGUGCGCAGAUCUCGCCGUCCAGCGGAGCGAUGGCUGUCAUUGGUCUGGGCAAGGACGAUGUCACGGACUUCUUGAUUGAUGGUGUAGUCAUCGCGUGCGAGAACAGUCCUGAGAGCGUCAACAUCUCAGGAGAGAAGUCUAGACUAACGACGGUCGUUAACCGCAUUCUCGAAGCAAACCCAGAAACGUUCACGCGGUAUCUAGCGGUGGAAAUUGCGUACCACUCUCCUGAUAUGGGAGAAGCUGCUGCAGCCUUUGAGCCAGCCAUAUCCCCCCACGUUACGUGCAGCGACUCCAUGCUACCACUAUACUCGACGGUCACAGGAAAAGUGGUGUUCAACCCUGCGCACUUGGACGCCGAUUACUGGAGAUCGAAUCUGGAAUCACCCGUUUUGUUCUCGCCUGCAGUUCAGAAUCUCAUUGACCAGCACAAGGAACGGCCGCUUAUUUUCUUGGAAAUCGGACCCCAUUCUACCCUCUCCGGGUCACUGCGUCAGAUCUUUGCAGCUCACUCGGUAGAAAACACCUAUUACGUGCCAACAGUUGUUAAACAAGCCAGCGAGGCCCAUUCGGUCAUGAAAGGAGUGGGCGAGAUAUUCUGUCAAGGAGUCCCUGUCAACUUUGCAAAUAUAUAUCGAUCUGGAAAGCUCCGGACAGAUCUGCCAGCCUAUCCUUGGGAUCGACAAAAUAACAACUGGAAAGAGAGCCGCAUCAGCUACAAUUGGAGAUUUCGCAAGCAUGCCGUUCAUGAGCUCCUGGGCGCUCGGAUGCCGGAGACCAGUGACUUCGACCCCGGAUGGCGAAACCUGCUCAGCGUGAGGAACGUUCCGUGGCUUGCUGAUCAUAAGGUCCUCGGGGAACGUAUAUUCCCCUGUGCGGGAUAUAUCGCCAUGGCCAACGAAGCACUGCGGCAGCUGUCUGACACGCAAGAAUGCACGAUUCGCAAUCUGCACGUCAAGGCCCCGCUUGUUCUGCCCAGUAGCGAUGACACUGUGAUAGAAGUAGUUACUUCAAUGAGGCCGGUGCGGAUUAGCGAUCGCAUUGAUUCGAAGUGGUACGAGUUUUCCAUAUCAUCUCAUGGCGGGCGCGGGUGGACCAAACAUGCGACUGGAAAGGCUUUGGCAAGCGCCGAGGAUUUGGAAAGAGUUGUCCUGGAACCGCCGUCUCUUGAAAGGGCUGUCUCCUCACCGAUUUGGUAUACAAUGCUGGCAAACCUGGGGCUGCAGUACGGCCCACACUUUCAGGGCCUCGAGAGUAUCACCGCAUCUCCUGUUCGCUCUGAAGCAAGUGCCACGAUUCGUGGACAGGCCGUCCAAACAGGUAUAACUAAUGCUCUUCACCCUACUUCAAUCGACAAAUGCUUGCAGCUGCUCAGCGUUGCAGCCACUCAGGGAAGGUCUCUGCUGUUAACAAAGCUCUACAUUCCAAUGUACAUCGAAGAGGUCUGCCUUGGCCAAAGUAAGGACGUAAUGAGAGCCAGGGCGUUCGGGACCACCCUCGUGGGGAGUUCGGGACGAAGCAGUGUUGAGUUGGUGUCGGGGGAUAGUCCUGUGCUCGCAAUGCGUGGGGUUACUCUGGCCCCAUUAGAUAUAGAAAAAGGAAGCGAGCCCUCAAAGAUCCCCCUUUCGUCUCACGAAGAGUGGCGGCCAGAUCUGGACUUGUUGCCUAGUCAUCUUCAGUUGCCCCUGUCACAGGACUCUGAAGACACCAUGGAACUACUCUUCAAGGCCCUCGGAAUUUCCGUGAUGCUUCUCCAUCGCAACCUGUCCAACGUGGUGACACUUUCGCAUACGUUGCACCGCUACAAAGCAUGGCUCGAGAGUUUAGAGCAGCAGUGGAAUAUCUUAGGCGAGAAGCUUAAAGCUAAGGGAUUAGGCUUUAUCGUGGAAGUUGCCGAGCUAACAGUACACGAAUUCACGACUGCUUUUGAGGAGUCACCGUGCGCCUCGAUAUCUAUGGCAAGGGGCAAUGCACUACGCAAGCUAGACGACUGGGCCCCUUCACUGAGCAGCCUAGAACACUGGCUCUCCCUUCUUGGACACAGCAACCCCAGUCUCCGCAUCUUCGAAAUUGGGGGGCAAAAGGGGUCCUUGGCUUCUUUUGUGUUGCAGAAUCUGGCCUCCGGCGAAAACAAUCUCUACUCAAGAUACACGUGGACGGAUAAGUUCGACACCGACGACGCCGUCAAAGAACGACUCCAAGAAUAUAAUCGGGUUGAUUUCAAGUCGUUUGAUGUCGAUAAGGAGCCGUCAGCGCAGGAACUCGAGGAGGGCGGUUAUGAUUUAAUCAUCGUGUCCGACUUGGCAGCUCAGACGUCGACGCCUGGAGCAGCGUUAAAGAACAUUAGGAAGCUUCUCGCCGCUGGCGGACGACUUCUCCAUCGUGAAUAUUGCCCCAGUAUACCCAGUAUAAAACAUAUCCUAGACCCAUCAAAGAACCCACCUCUCGAAACAACCGACCUGGAAGAAGGUGACGACAGGAUUAUCCCAAUCGAAACAUGGGACAAGGAACUUCGGCAUGCUGGCUUUGAUGGUAUCGAGGCAAGCAGUUAUGACGGCAAUUCAAGGUGUCAUCUGUAUCGAACUUUCGUUUCACGCGUGCAAUCCGAAAGCCGCAUACACGGCGGGAAGAUCUAUCUUCUCUGUCCGAGCGAAGGGGAUUACAAUAUAUGGUUCUAUGAGAUCAAGAAGCAAUUGACCCAGCUUGCUUACGAGGUGGAGAAAUGCACGUUGGAGGACGAUAUCCCACACGGCCAGCGGGUUAUAUCACUCCUUGACCUGCAAGGCCCGUUCUUUUCCAACAUAAGCGAACAGAACUGGAUCAGGUUUCAGCAGCUUGUACUUCUCAAACCUCAGAUAAUGUGGGUUACCAAAUCCGUCGAACUGAACUGUGACAAUCCAGACUUUGCGCUUGUCAUGGGCGUCUCGCGAACGACACGCCAGGAGCAGGAGAUCCCCUUUGCGACGUUGCAAGUCGACAACUUUGACGCGCCUUCGGCCAAAGCAUUGAUAGCGGUAUCGCUGAAGGUCUUCGGCUCAGUACACAAAAACAGAUUAAUUGAUGUAGACUAUGAAUUUGCACUCUGUGAUGGGUACAUUCAUAUCCCGCGGACGAGGUGGAGCUCUCUUACCGACAGGCUACUACACGUUCCAAACAAUAAUUCACCCAUACGCUUGGGCAUUGGCUCCUACGGGUCACUACACUCGUUAUUCUGGGGCGAGUCCGAGCUUGAUCCACUAGGAGAGGAUGAUCUUGACGUUGAGAUCCAGUGCGUCGGGCUCAAUUUUCGCGAUCUCAUGGUCGCGUUGGGAAUAAUGGGAAAAGAGGAUGAGCUAGGUGCCGAGGCCACAGGCAUUGUCAGACGAGCUGGCUCCAACGUUGGGCACUUCAAGCUCGGGGACCGCGUGAUAAUAUUGGAACUCGGUUUGUUCUGCACGCGCAGAGUCUUACCGGCAAGUCGGUGCGCCCCUAUGCCGUCGUCUCUCUCUUUGGAAGACGCCGCGAGUAUGCCUGUUGUCUUUGGGACAGCAAUACAUUGCCUCAUGGACGUUGGGAGGUUGGAAAAAGGGCAGUCCGUCCUUAUCCAUGCAGCCUGUGGAGGAGUCGGCCUUGCCGCAAUACAGAUCUGCCAGAUGGUCGGGGCCAAGAUUUAUGCAACCGUCGGAAGUGAGAAAAAGGCGCAGUAUUUGAUGGACGCGUGUGGAAUUCCACGAAGCAAUAUUUUCAGCUCCCGAGACACCUCCUUCGUCCGCGGGCUGAUGCAAGAGACACAGGGCAGCGGCGUAGAUAUUGUGCUAAAUUCUCUCGCAGGGGAGCUCCUCCAUGCAUCGUGGCAAUGCGUUGCCGAGUUUGGAAAGAUGAUUGAAAUUGGAAAGCGUGACUUUUUGGAGCAUGGCGCCCUAGCCAUGGACCUAUUUGGGUGCAAUCGUGCGUUUUUCGGGGUAGACCUCGUCCGGCUUCUGGAGAGGCCAGGAUUUCGCACGGGGCUUGUCCGCCAAGUCUUGGGCCUGUAUAAUGAAGGGAAAAUCCGUCCCAUUCGCCCCUUAAAGGUCUUCUCCAGCAGCGAAACAGCAGAGGCAUUUCACGCCCUCCAGCUGGGACUUCAUCUCGGCAAAAUGGCUGUGCGGACACCCGAGGUAUCUGAACGGAGCCUAGUUGCCCCCUCGAGACUCAACUCGCGGUUUUCACCUACACUAACCUAUUUCCUCGUCGGUGGCCUCGGUGGUGUUGGUCGGGCGAUCGUGACCUGGAUGGUAGGGCGAGGGGCCCGGCACUUCCUCUUAUUGUCCCGGUCAGCUGGUACUACAGAGCAGGACCAGUCAUUUCGGCGCGAGCUCGAGCUCCAAGGCUGUACGGCAGUCAUGUUUUCGGGUGAUGCAUCGGUGCUGAAGGACGUGGAAGCUGCCAUGCAAGCCUGUUCCCACCCGAUCGGCGGCGUGCUCCAGCUGUCGAUGCUACUCCGGGAUAAUCUUAUCACAGAAAUGAACCACGACACCUGGAAAGCAGUACUCGCGGCCAAGGUAGAUGGAACGUGGAACAUGCAUCAUGCGUUAGCGGGCAGAGACGCCAGCCUGCACUUCUUCGUCGUUUGUGGUUCCAUCGCCGGAGUCAUGGGGAACGCAGGGCAGGCCAACUACUCGGCGGCGAAUACUUUUGUGUCCUCGUUUGCUCAAUACCGGCUCCAGCAGGGCCUGCCCGCCUCUGCCGUCAAUCUGGGGUGCGUCAAUGAUGUGGGAUACUUGGCGACCCAUAACACCAGGUUUCGGGACCACGCGGCCUCUGCGUCGGUGCGACUCUUGAGCGAACGAGAAGUUCUCGAUGCCUUCGAGGUUGCCAUCUUCUGUGCAGACUCCAAGCCAGCACCCAGGUCGCUACACGCACCAAACACUCUCACUGUUGGCAUGAGUUCCACGAAGAGCAUUGCCGACCCCUCCGUCCGGCCCCUCUGGGGCCCCGAUGCUCGGUUUCGCAAGUAUCUCGAUCUGGACCUGAAAUACCAGACCUCGGGUGAUCCGCUCAAGCAGGCACCAACCCUCCAACACAUAAUCCAGGACCUUAUGAAAGAUCCAAACCUCAUCAAGGACGUGUCUUGGAGGGAAAAGGCGAUGCUCGAUUUCAUCGAUACCCUGCAGGAGCACUCGAUGUUUGCUCGGGGGCAGGACCCCAAGCAGAUAGCUGCCAUGCAGAUUGACUCUCUCAUGACACUUGAGAUUCGGAAUUGGUGCCGCCGCUACGGGGGUUUGGAGCUAUCUCUGAUUGAUAUUACGAGAGCGGAGACUAUUGGGGGAUUGGGGGACCUGAUUCUUGCUGCUGUGCAAGCCAGAUAUAUUGUUGAAUAG